AUGCAAAAAUAUUCAUAAAUUGCCGCUUUAUUACAGAAAUGUCUUGAUAGCAAAAGUACUUUAAAAUCAAUAAUUUUGAAAAGUUCUUAAAAUCAAUCGUUUGUUAGAUAGGCUUAUGCAAUCAUUAGUAAAGCUAUUCAACAUUAUGAUUAAUUAUAUUAAAUUGUGGAGGAAAUUAGGUCUAUUUAAUAUAUCGAAAUAUAUGAUUACAAUUUGUUAAUUGUUUUGAUGCUUGAUAUAUUUAAUCCAUAAAAUAAAAAAGCUAAAAAAAUGGGUGGAGUGGUAGCUAGAUAUCUAAAAAAUCACAAAAUAUUAAUAAAAUAAUUACUUGAAAAAAAUAAGAUAUAUGAAUAAGAGAAAAAGUUCAUUUAUAUCAGAGCACUUCAAAAACUUCCAUUUGAAUUUAUAUUAGAUGAACAUAUUCCAAAUUUAUGCAAGGUGGAUUAUGACAUUUAUUCAUAAUAUUUAUCUAAAAAUCCUGAAUUUUUAAAAGGAAACACUUAUAUAGUUCAGAGCAAAUCUAGUGCUUUACCAGCAUAUUUAUUAUUAAGGAAUAUUAAAAAUAAAACUUCUGAUAUUAUUGAUUGUUGUGCUGCACCAGGAAAUAAAACUAUUUAACUUUCAUAAUAUGCUAAAGAAAAUAAUAUUAUAGGUAAAAUAUUUGCAAUUGAAAGAGAUGAAAAACGAUUUGAAAUAUUAAAGAAUAGAUUAAAUAAAUAUUAAUGUGAUAAUGUUGAACCAUUAAAUCUAGAUUUUUUAACAAUAAAACCAUAAAAUUAUCCUAAAAUUAAAAUAGCUCUAUUAGAUCCAUCUUGUUCUGGUAGUGGAAUGCUUUAAUUAAGAAUGAUUGAAGCUACAAAAGAUGAUUCCAUUAUUGUUCCAUAAGAUAAAAAAGAAUAAGUCUAAUAAUUAUCAUUAUUUCAAUCCAAAAUGCUUAAUCAUUUAACAUUGUUCAAAAAUUUAAAACUUAUUAUCUAUUCUACAUGUUCCAUUUAUAAAGAAGAGAAUGAAGAUGUUGCAAAUCAUUUUUUAUCACUUCAUAAAUAAUGGGAAUCUGUUAAUUUAUUUCCAGAAUGGCCUCAUCGUGGUAUAGAUUAAAAUUUACAUUUCAUUCGAGUUCCCCCAAAUGAUAGUGAUGGAUUUUUUGUAGCCAUGUUUAAAAGAAAAAAUUGA